ACAGCUCUUCUGAGUAUUCUGAUUGGUCCGAUUCUCUACGUCUUCCCGUACGACGUCAUCACGCACGUACGUGGCUGGUGACGUUGCGAGCGGGAGCUUUGGUUAUCAAGCAGGCGAGUUCCAAGGCAGCAGGUAACCAGGCUCAACCUGCAGUUGACACACACACACUCACACUCACACACACACACACACACACACACACACACACACACACACACACACACACACACACACACACACACACCAUGGCUAUGAGGAGUGAGGCCAGGGUGGAGGUGCAGGAGGAGGUGCAGGUGGAGGAGGAGGAGAGCUUCGGCCCACAGCCUCUGAGCAGACUGGAGCAAUGUGGAGUCAGUGCCAGCGACAUCAAGAAGCUGGGGGAAUCAGGUUUCCACACCAUCGAGGCGGUGGCCUACGCACCCAAGAAGGAGCUGCUCAACAUCAAAGGCAUCAGCGAGGCCAAGGCCGACAAAAUACUAGCUGAAGCGGCCAAACUUGUGCCCAUGGGCUUCACCACAGCUACCGAGUUCCACCAGAGGAGAGCCGAGAUCAUCCAGAUCUCUACAGGCUCCAAGGAGCUCGACAAACUCCUGCAGGGUGGGAUCGAGACUGGCUCCAUCACAGAGAUGUUUGGGGAGUUUCGGACGGGGAAGACUCAGCUGUGCCACACACUCGCUGUCACCUGUCAGCUGCCCAUCGAUCAGGGGGGUGGAGAAGGUAAAGCCAUGUACAUCGACACGGAGGGAACCUUCAGACCAGAGAGGCUCCUCGCUGUAGCUGAGAGGUACGGGCUGGUCGGCAGCGACGUUCUGGACAACGUGGCCUACGCCCGAGCCUUCAACACCGACCACCAGACCCAGCUGCUGUACCAAGCCUCCGCCAUGAUGGCCGAGUCCAGGUAUGCCCUGCUGAUAGUGGACAGCGCCACAGCUCUGUACAGAACAGACUACUCCGGCAGAGGUGAGCUGUCAGCCAGACAGGGACACCUGGGACGCUUCCUCCGCAUGCUGCUCCGGCUGGCGGACGAGUUUGGCGUUGCCGUGGUGAUAUCCAACCAGGUGGUGGCGCAGGUGGACGGGGCGGCCAUGUUUUCCGCGGAUCCCAAGAAACCGAUCGGAGGCAACAUUAUGGCUCACGCCUCCACCACACGUCUGUAUCUGAGGAAAGGCCGAGGAGAGACGAGGAUCUGUAAAAUCUACGACUCGCCGUGCCUUCCAGAGUCCGAAGCCAUGUUUGCCAUUAACGCCGAUGGAGUGGGGGAUGCCAAGGACUGAGCUGGUAGAAGAGACAGGAAGCAGAGCGGCGAAUGUUUUACUGUCACACCUGCUGAACAUCGGAUUAAAGAGUUGUGUGCGUGUGCAGCCUUCACACUGAACCUCGGACUGCUGGGUAAUCGAGAGACGGAAGGUUGUAUGAUUUAGGUUUGAUGCUGAUUGAGGCAGAGAUGAGAAGGUCCAGACUGCAGAUCUGGUCCUCUGGAGCUGCAACAGCAAGAUGGAACGUUUCCUUUUUUCUUUCAAACUGAAGCACAUUUCACUCAACAAAGGAGGAAAACAAGAGGUUUUCUAUGACAAAGUAUCCCAUAAUAACAAGAUCUGUUAUUCUAUAAUGAGAUACUACUUCAUAAUUACAAGAUUUCCAUCUCGUAAUUAUGAGUUAGUGUCUCAAUAUUUACAUAAAGUACUAAAUAUGAGAUACUUAGUCAUAAUAAGAAAUAAGGGCUUACAUUUUUGAUUUCUUUGUUGGAUGCAAUUUACCUCUUGAGUUUUGUCAGAGUGGUCAAAAAAUAUAUAAUUUUGUAAAAACUAUUUUAAAUAGUUUGAGAUUUUUUUUCCGUCAUCUUCGUCUUCAUGGCGUUUCUGUUGAAUUCUGUCCUUUUGUUUAAGUGUUUUCUGAGAACUGUUAUUUUGUAAUGUAAUUUCACCUCUUUCUACUACUAGUUUGACUCUUUUGUGUUUGUCCUUCUGUGUGUAUAUAUA